GAAAUCUAUUUUUGUCUUAAAAGUUCUCUGGCAGCAACAGCGUAUGGACUAUGGAGAGAGAGAAAUUGUCGAAUUUUUCAGGGAAAAGUAAUGGGGCAUAAUUAGGUUAUGAAAUUAAUUGCAGCUGAUAUUAGAGAUUUCCUUAGCUCUAGGAGAAAUGCGAAGCCUUCUAUGAAGAACCAACCUCUGUGCAGAAAUUGGGGUUUAUCUAAGAGAUGUCUGAAGCACAAACCAAACCAGGGCCUGUGGUUCCAGAGUCAGUGUUGAAGAAAGAGAGGAGGAAUGAGGAGUGGGCUUUGAAGAAGAAGGAAGAACUUGCAGUUUUGAAAAAGAAGAAUGUUGAGAACCGGAAGCUGAUUUUUAUCAGAGCUAAGAAAUAUACCAAGGAGUAUGAGGAGCAGCAAAAGGAGCUCAUUCAGUUGAAGCGCGAGGCAAGACUGAAAGGAGGGUUUUAUGUGAAGCCUGAAGCAAAGCUUUUGUUCAUUGUUCGCAUUCGAGGUAUCAAUGCUAUGGAUCCAAAGACAAGGAAGAUAUUGCAGCUCCUGCGUUUGAGACAGAUUUUCAACGGUGUCUUCCUCAAAGUAAACAAAGCAACAGUGAAUAUGCUGCAUAGGGUUGAGCCUUACGUGACUUAUGGAUAUCCUAAUUUGAAGAGCGUAAGGGAACUUAUUUACAAGAGGGGCUAUGGCAAGCUAAAUAAGCACCGGAUUGCUUUGACAGACAAUUCAGUUAUUGAGCAGGGUUUGGGAAAGUAUGGUAUCAUUUGCAUUGAAGAUCUUAUUCACGAGAUCAUGACUGUUGGGCCUCAUUUCAAGGAGGCUAAUAACUUUCUCUGGCCAUUCAAACUCAAGGCACCCUUGGGUGGUCUGAAGAAGAAGAGGAACCACUAUGUUGAAGGAGGAGACGCUGGAAAUCGUGAAGACUAUGUUAAUGAGCUCAUCAGGAGGAUGAACUAGAUUUUGGUAGAGGUUCUGUCUAUGUGUUAGUGCAAGUUGAAAGCUUUUUAAUUCUGUUUCUAUUCUCAUUGUCAUUCUCAUUUGAAGUUUGAGAGUGUUGGAUUUUUAAAUCACGAAGUUUUGUAUUGGUGUUGGCACAUUAAUCUCUUCUUCUUUUUUGUAAGGGAAGCUAUAUCUAUUAAUUUAUUUUGAGUUUUUGUUGGCUGUUA